AUGCAACACAUCCUUCGAUGCCGCUCGUUAUGGCGAGCUAGCACUCUCGACACAUCUUUUGGAUAUCGACCCCAAGUCUACGGAGGAUCAACGGCACGGUUCGCCUCGACGUGGGCACAAGACGCAGCAGAAGCAAAUCGGGACUCAGAUGGACCUCCGUUAUCCGGACGAGUACAUAUCCUCGGCAUUGGAAAUGUCGGGUCAUUCAUCGCUCACUCCCUUGCGGCUCGAAGCUCCCCGCCUCCCAUCACCUUAUGUAUGCACAACAAACUACUCUACAAUGCCUACCGUCAACGCAAGGAAAGUAUUGCCGUGAGCGUCCAUGGCAUGGACAAUAUACAGAAGGGAUUCGACGUUGAAGUAGUAGACCAAAAUGGAGCUUGGUUUCCCGCGCCCUCGAAGCAUGACCGCGGCCCAGGUGGGAAAGUGUCGCCAUUUUUCAGCCCGGAAGAAGCUGGUCCGAUCGAGAACCUGAUUGUAUGCACCAAGGCCCACCACACAGUGCUUGCUAUGGAAGAUAUAGCGCACCGUUUGACGCCUGAAUCGACUAUUUGCUUUAUUCACAAUGGUAUGGGUGUGAUUGAUAUCCUCAACCAAAAGGUCUUCCCGAAUCCCGAAACACGACCCAAUUAUAUCCAGGGUGUCUUCAGCCAUGGCUUGACUCGGAAGGAACAAUUCAGUAUUGCCCAUAUGGGAGUCGGUACUACAAUUCUCAGCCCCGUUGGACACCGCGUUGCACAUCUCACUGGACCUGACGCCGAGAAAUCAUGGGCCCCAACUACAAAAUAUCUGAUGCAGCUUUUGACUUUGACCCCGGCUUUGGUUGCCACAGCCGAAACACCGGCAGGAUUGAUACAAUACCAACUCGAAAAGCUCGCAGUCAACUGCUGUAUCAACCCUAUAACAGCAUUAGGCGAGUGUAACAAUGGCGAGCUCCUUUACUCAUUCAGCUACACUCGCGUCAUGCGAUUGUUGCUAUUCGAGAUCUCGGCUGUGAUCUGUGCUCUUCCUGAGCUGCAAGGUGUCCCAGGUAUCGAAGAUCGCUUUUCUGCGGAACGCCUGCGUCGCUACGUCGUGAGUAUCGCACGCAUGACUGCUCGAAAUGAAAGCUCCAUGUUGCAGGAUAUCAACAACAGCAGGACGACAGAGAUCGAAUACUUCAAUGGUUAUAUUGUGCGUCGUGGUGAAGAAUUGGGUAUUAAGUGCGCACUCAACUACAUGAUGAAGCAUCUCAUCACCGGCAAAGCGACUGCCCUGGCACAGAGAGACCGCGCUGAGGUACCUUUCAGUCAUGAGGGUAUCGUGUUUGAUGGCGAGGAACCUUUAUGA